UUUGGCUAUCAAAUGACUCCAAGUCACAACCACAGCUACUAUAGAUAGUUAGUCAUAAAUCAUAAUAAUAUAAUUAAUAAAAUACAAUUUUUUUAAACGGAAACAGUAUUUACUUCUAUAAUGUCUGAAAAUACACGAAGUUCCGCUUUUCGAAAAAUUGAUGUCGAUCAAUUCAAUGAAAAUUUCAAAGAUGAUGAACAAUCAGAGUUCCAGUCUGUAACAACAAUUCCAGAUGAAACGGAAAUCAAUGUAUUGAUAAAUCAAGGGCGACUUGCGGAAGCUUUAAAAUCUGCACUAAAAAAUGCUCCUUUAGGGUCAAAAAAUCAACAGCUGAGGGAUAAUGCGCUAAAUGUUGUUAUGAAAGUUUUAUUGGCAACUAAAUUAUCACAAAUUGAUGAAGUUGUUGGCCAACUUGAUAUUGAUAUGGUAGAUAUAUUGAUGAAGUACAUUUACAAGGGUUUUGAAAAGUCAACGGAGAAAAAAAGCAGUCAUCUUCUAAUGUGGCACGAGAAAGCAUAUGCUCUUGGUGGUGCUGGAAGUAUAAUAAGAGUAUUAUCAGAUCGAAAAAGAGUAUAACCUAUUCAAUUCAAAUGAAUAAAUAACUGGUAAUGAUCAACAAAUUACAAUGUCACAUAUUGUAUUUGAAGAAAUACAAUUUGAACAUUUAUUAUUAUGAAUUAAGAUUAAUUAACUUGUUUAAAUGUUUAUUUUAAGUUUUUAUCAAAUUAGGUUAACAUACUGGAAUUUUUAGUGCAUUGAUAUCAAAUCAUAAAUCCUUAAUCAAUCUAAAAUCCUUAAAAAUGUAAUCAAUGAUUAAUAAUUUGUAUAUCAUACAAAACAUUAGUCAAAACCUGUCAAAUAUUUUUAAAUAGCAUGUUAUAGCACGUUAAAUAGCAUGUUAAUGUUAAAAAUAAAUAUUUAAUUUACUAAGUACAAACAUUUUUUUUUAAAUUUUGUGUGAAUUCAAAAAAACAAUUUUGGUUUAUUGUUAUUAUUAUUUUAAUAGCUGUGAUACCAGUCACAAAUCAUUUUAUCAUUUAAACUUGUUCAAGUAUUAAAUAGUUAUCAUUUUAUAGAAUGUUUUUUAACAUAAAAUUACUAAAAAACGAAUAUAUUAUAAAUUAUAUUUUUUUUAAAAGUUGCAUCCUUUUAAUGGCAAUUAAGCAACUAAUACUAUUUAAAUAUUUUUGUAAUUAUAGUAUUUUGAUUUUGUUCUUUUAACUAAAUAUUUGUAUUAAUAAUAUUUAUGUAUUUAUACAAAAUGUAGUAACUUAUUUUAAAUAAUAAUUUAUUACAUUAUAAUCUAUGAAUGUUUUUGGUCUAAUAAGUGGUGCAAUGAGGGAAAUGUUUUAGAUGUCAAAACAUUUAUUUGAGCAAUGUUUAUCAAAAACUUUAACAAACAAAAACAUGUAUUUUAUGGUAUUUAAUAAAAGUAAAUUCUUAUUGAGUUUCUUUUAA